ACUCAGUCUUCUUAUUCAUUUGCUCGUCAAUACCCUCUGCAGUCGGCCAUUCCUUGGAGUGCAAGAUUCGUGAAGGUUAAAAAAACAAUAGCGUAAUGGCGAACAAUUUAACGCCGCUUGGAAUCAUUGACGUUCGAAACGAGCAUUCUGGAGAUGAAAGUGAUGAAGAUGAUGAUGAUGUAGUAGAGCAAAGUCCUUGUGGACGUUGGGAGAAGAGAAGGCAAGAGGUGAUGCAGCGUGAUGUCCCAGGUAUAGACCAUUCAUUUUUAGCCAUGGACACAGAGGAAGGUGUAGAAGUAGUUUGGAAUGAAGUGCAGUUUUCUGAAAGAAAAUCCUUCAAAAGUCAAGAGGAAAAUGUUAAAGCUGUCUUCGAAAAUCUGAUCCAGUUGGAUCAUGCAAACAUUGUUAAAUUUUACAAGUUUUGGACAGAUACCAGGUCAGAAAAACCUCGGGUCAUCUUUAUCACUGAGUAUAUGACUUCUGGAUCAUUGAAACAGUUCCUGAAGAAGACACGAAAGAGCUUAAAGACCUUGAAUGAGAAGGUUUGGAAAAGAUGGUUACGGCAAAUUUUGUCAGCCUUGAGUUAUCUCCAUGGGUGUGAAACACCCAUUGUUCAUGGCAACUUGUCUUGUGACACAAUAUUUAUCCAGCACAAUGGAUUGAUCAAAAUUGGUUCAGUUGCUCCUGACACUAUUCACAAUCAUGUGAAAACAUACAGAGAAGAAAUGCGAAACAUGCACUUUAUUGCCCCAGAAUAUGGAAAACCAGGACAUGUCAUUGACUGUGCAGUUGAUAUUUAUGCUUUUGGAAUAUGUGCUCUUGAGAUGGCAGCCUUGGAACUUCAUGACAAUGAAGGUUCAGUGACAAGAGAUACUGUCUUCAAAGCAAUUGCAGGAUUAGAAAUACCAUUCCAGCAGGACUUCAUUCAGAGAUGCUUAGCUGAAAAUCCUGCAGAGAGACCCACUGCUAGAGACUUACUUCUGCACCCAAGUCUUUUUGUGGUUCAUCCUCUCAAGUUGCUUGCAGCACACUGCAUGGUAGAUAAUGAUGUGUCUCCUCCUGACAAUCGUGAAGACACUGAUCCUGAAAGAGUGCUAGCAACUGUUGGAAAGGAAAUGAAGCGAGGAAAGUCUCGUGUAUUGGAACUGGAAAAGUAUUUGGAGGAAGUGAGAAAUGGCUUGUUUCCUCUCACUGGAAUGCAACAAAAGAAAGAGUUGAGACCAAGACAAAGACCUAAAUCCCCUGAGGGAGAGGAAUCUGUCCUCAGUGAAAAUCAACAUCAAUAUGAUGAGGAAACUAGAAGGGCUACUCUAAACAAAUGUCAGAUCAAACUCAGUCAUGACAAUGCAGACAGUAAUCAGCAAACUCAGCUGGAAUUACUCCUUAAAUUGGAUGAUAAGAUGAAUAGACAUCUUAUGUGCAAUCUUCGUUCAGGGGAUAAGGGAGUGGACCUGGCAGACGAUCUAAUCAGACAUGGACUAUUGAACAAGGCUGACCGAGAAGAAUUAGCCAAAGCCAUUCAAACACAGUUAGAUUCCUACCCUGUCAUUGCAACUUAAUUUUGGCCUUUUGUUCCUCUCCGGAUCAAUUGUAACAAAGCAUCUGAUCCGGCCAUCAGAACCAAAGCGAAGAGAUUGGUUUCCUCAAAUAUCUUUGUACAUACCCGGGAAAUUAUCAUUGACGCUAACUCGGUUGCCUAUUCGAUUGCUAGUACCUCCCGUUUACGGUGACGAAUAUUUUGCCGAGUGAAACUCGCGUCGUCAUUAUUCCCCCAACUACGCAACGUAAAUUGGUGAGCCGGAAUUGCCUGGCAAAGUAUUCGAUACAUUUCCAUCGUUGUGUUUGGCAUAUGAAGUCUACAUUUUCUUCUUCACUUGUCACGAAACAACUUGUUUUUGUUGUUAAGUAAAGUGUUUUGUAAAGUGUCUGUGUUAAGCUAAAUCCUCCUGAAGUAUUCUGCUUAAACUGUCUCGAAACAGUUAGGAGAGUUUUCUGAUAUUGAAAAAAAAAAAAAAAUCCAGACAGGUAGCAUCUGUAUUACAGAUGCAGGUGAGAGCCUUUUGUGGGCUCAUCCUCGGUGUAAAAACCUGUGAAGCUCACGAGUGACGUAAAACAAAGACAACAAAACAUUAUAAACAAUAGCGUACAGCAAAACAAUACCUUACGAAACAAAGAAAACCUCGUCAGGUUUUUACACCGAGGAUGACCCCUUUUGUGGGAGAAAAAGUCACAAAACUCUUCUGACAGGAAGAAAUAUCAAUGUGAUAAAUUAUCAUAAAUUAAUUAUUAACCAGUAAAACAAUUAUUUAUCAAAUAAAUUUUCCUUUAGAUCAAA